AUGAUACAACCAAAUCGAAGGGGUCGAUUACUUCGACAGUUUUCUCCGGUAGCCAAGACUUUCACAGUGCGCAUUUUCAUUGCCAUAGCCUCUGCUUUUUCCUGGCCUCUUUUGCAGCUCGACGUCAAUAACACAUUCCUCCACGGACAUCUUGUCGAGGAGGUUUAUAUGGUGACUCUUGCUGGUUAUUCUAAAGCUGACGAUGGCCUCGUGUGCAAAUUGCAGCGCUCGCUCUACGGAUUGAAACAGGCCUCCCGCCAAUGGAAAAUUGAAUUCUCCACUCAACUACAUCGUUAUAGUUUUAUUCAAUCCUCUCAUGAUCAUUGCUUGUUCAUCCUCCGCACUGAUGCAGUUUUUCUCGUACUACUUGUCUACGUCGAUGACGUUCUUCUCACAGGUAACUCUUUAGAAGCUAUGACUGAUGUUAAACUUUACCUUGAUAAACUUUUCACGAUUACGGAUUUGGGGCACGCCAAGUAUUUUCUUAGCUUAGAGCUGGCGCACUCUUCUCAUGGCACUUACAUUUCCCAACAGAAGUAUCUCUUGGACAUUGUUCGUGAUUGUCUACUGACUGAGGCCACCCCUACCGCCACACCUCUUCCUCCUGGAAUCAAAUUUGAUGUCUCCUCUAGCGCUUUAAUUGCUGCUCCUGAUUGCUACAGAAGAUUGGUUGGUUGCCUCCUUUAUUUGGGUUUUUCUCGUCCUGACAUUUCUUUUGCGGUGCAGCAAUUGAGUCAAUUUCUUCAACAUCCUCGUGAACCUCAUAUUGCUGCUGCUCUUCACCUCGUCCGUUAUCUCAAAGGAACUUCCACUUUGGGUCUGUUCUUCCCAUCUGGAAACACAUUAUCUUUCUCUGCCUUCUCAGACUCGGAGUGGGCUUCUUGCAUUGAUUCUCGUCGCUCUAUCACCGGUUACUGCAUUUUUCUUGGUGGUUCCUUGGUCUCUUGGAAAACAAAGAAACAGACCAUGUAUCACGUUCAUCCACCGAAGCCGAAUAUCGCAGCAUGGGAUCAACCGUUUUUGUGA